GGUUACUUACUAUAUAAACCUCCUAAAACUAGAAAAUCGAGCUUAAACUUAGCUAUUACUAGUUAUUUUAACUUAAAUAUCUAUAUUCUUAAUCUUUCUACUAUUAGUAAAGUUAUUCUAAAGUACCUAUUUAAUAGUCUUUCAAAUUACUAUAUUAUUCUUUUAGAAGAUAUUAAUACUAUUAGCUCGAAUUAA